AUGAUAAUCGUAUUGGUUAUUAUUGUAGUUCUCUUAGCAACAAUUUAUAUUUACUUCAAACGAACAUAUUUUACUCCUCAUGAUUCUUUACCAGGCCUAUCACCACAAUUUUUAGUUGGCAAUCUUAGGCAAACAGGUAUCACUGGUGGUAAACCUCCAGCUGUGGUUUUCUUGGAAUGGCAAGAAAAAUAUGGUGAUGUCUUUCAAUUUUGGUUUGGACCAAUGCCUUUCGUUUGUGUGUGUGGAAUUGAAGAUGUUCAACAUAUAUUGACUCAUCGACACAUUUAUGAGCAAGGCGACUCACGUUUGCAUAAACAAAAACUUUUAUUUCAUGAUUCUCUCGUCUGUAAUAUAGGAGCAAAGCAUAAACGUCAUGCAGCUUUAACUGUUCCACUAUUUCGUCGAGCUAAAAUCAUAUCAAAUUUGAACUUAAUUGUUAAUUGUACUGACAAAUUAAUUGAUCAAUGGCGUUCAAAAGCUGAAGAUCCUACGUAUGUGCAUCUGGACAUAUUUACCAAAUGUCAAAAUCUUCUACUCGAUAUUUUUGGUUUUAUUGCAUUCGAUUAUGAUCUUGAAUGUUUGGAUUCAAAUGCAAUCACCAAACAAAAUAAGCUUACACAGGCAUUAAGCAACUUUUUGGAUGUUUUCAUUCUGACAAUGCGUAUGCCCAUAUUUAUGAUAAGAGUGUAUUUAGCAACUAGUUCUCGUUAUCGAAAAGCAAUCUCUACUAUUCAUGAAUAUUUCAAUCAAAUGAUUGAACAAGAACAAAGAAAGACACCUGAAGAGAUUGUUGAAAAAAAGAGAACAAGCUUGAUUACAUCACUUGUUGGAUCAUUGCAAAAGGAUGAAAAAAAUGAAGCAGCAAAACCUGAAGAAGAUAAAAGAGGUAAUCAUAUCAGUUGA